AUGCACAGAACUCCACCAAUACUGCUGUUUCAAGAGGUCCGCGCCUGCGGCGAGCUGCGCUCAGGCGGCCGCGUAGCCACCCCGACGGGGCGCCGCGAGGGGUCCUUCCGCGUGGCCGCGCGCGGCGCUGGCGCAGGCGCCCUGCAUGCCGAGCGGCGGCGCAAAAUGGCGGCUGCUGCGGAAGGGAGCCCGGCGCCGCUGCCGCCGCCUGACGGGGACGGGCCGGUGGCGGAAGAAGACGAGGAGGACGCCUUGGCGGCGGCGGCGGCGGCCGGCCCCAGCAGCACGGGCGGCGGCGGCGGGAGCAGCGCGGGGUUCCGCCUGACGGCGGUGCGGCGCGAGCCGGCGGUGCGGCUGCAGCACGGCGUGAGCGGGCUGGAGCCGCUGGCGUGGUCCGAGGACCACCGCGUGUCGGUGAGCACGGCCCGCAGCAUCGCCGUCCUCGAGCAGCUCAGCGACGUGCACGGCGGCGCCGACCUCGUCAUUCACCGCACGGCCGUGCCGGCCCCCGCCGCCGCCUGUCACCUCAAGGUUGGCUCCAAGAAAGAAGUUGCUGAGUGUAAGGAAAAGUUUGCCAGCUCUAAGGAUCCGACAGUGAGCCAGACGUUCAUGCUAGACAGAGUGUUCAACCCCGAAGGGAAGUCACUGCCGUCAAUGCGCGGUUUCAAAUACUCCUGCUGGUCUCCCCUGGGCUGCGAUGCAAAUGGCCGGUGCCUGCUGGCAGCUCUGACCAUGGACAGCAGACUGACCAUCCACACGAACCUGAACAGGCUUCAGUGGGUGCAGCUGGUUGACCUGACCGAGCUCUAUGGAGAGCGCCUUCAUGAAAGCAGCUACCGGCUUUGCAAGGGCGAUGGUCCCCAGGCGGACUUGGGAGACUUUGCCGAAUUCCAGAGAAGGCACAGCAUGCAGACCCCGGUGCGUAUGGAGUGGUCCGGCAUCUGCACCACCCAGCAAGUGAAGCACAACAACGAGUGCUGGGAUGUGGGCAGCGUGCUGCUGGCCGUGAUCUUCGAAAACGGGAGCAUCGCCAUCUGGCAGUUCCAGCUCCCGUUUGUAGGCAAGGAAUCGAUCACGUCCUGCAACACCAUCGAGUCGGGCAUCAGCGCUCCCAGCGUCUUGUCGUGGUGGGAGUACGAGCACAACCACCGGAAGAUGAGCGGGCUCAUUGUGGGGAGUGCCUUUGGGCCCGUUAAGAUCCUGCCGGUCAACCUGAAAGCGGUCAAGGGCUACUUUACGCUGAGGCAGCCGGUAGUUUUGUGGCAGGAGAUGGACCAGCUGCCGGUGCACAGCAUCCGCAGCAUUGCCCUGUACCACCCAUACCAGAAGUGCAGCUGCAGCUUGGUGGUGGCCGCCAGGGGAUGCUACGUCUUCUGGUGCCUCCUCCUGAUAUCCAAGGCCGGCCUGAACGUCCAUAACUCACACGUGACGGGGCUCCACUCGCUGCCCAUCGUCUCCAUGACUGCCGACAAACAGAACGGCACCAUCUACACGUGUUCUGUGGAUGGGAAGGUCAGGCAGCUGAUCCCCAUCUUCACGGACAUUGCGCUAAAAUUCGAGCACCAGCUGAUCAAGCUGUCUGAAGUGCUAGGGUCUGUGAGGACUCAUGGGAUCGCUGUGAGCCCAUGUGGGGCAUACCUGGCAGUUGUCACGACAGAAGGCAUGACCAAUGGCCUUCACCCCAUCACCAAAAUCUAUCAGGUUCAGUUCGUAACACUGAAAACGUUUGAGGAGGCAGCUGCUCAGCUGCUGGAAUCAUCUGUCCAAAACUUGUUCAGGCAGGUUGACUUGACAGAUCUCGUCCGCUGGAAGAUCCUGAAAGAUAAGCACAUCCCACACUUCCUACAGGAAGCUUUGGAUAAAAAGAUGGAGAGCUUUGGGUCCACAUAUUUUUGGCGCUUCAAACUAUUCCUCUUGAGAAUUUUGUAUCAGUCGUUGCAAAAGGUUCCCUCUGAGGCCUUGUGGAGGCCAACACACGAGGACACCAAAGUCUUAAUAGCACAUUCCCCUGGGACAGGCACCACUGAGGAGCAUCUCCGAGAUGAGGGGACAUCAAAGCAGGGCAGCAAGCCACGUGUGGGGGAAGCAAGCAAAGGAGCGGAUGCGGAUGAUCCAGCAGAGGAUCCCCUCGUUCACGCGAGUGACACAGGAGGGCGGGAGCCGAUGGAAGACAAGCUUCUGGAACUUCAAGCCCAGAUUGAAGCAGUGGAAAUGCACCUGACCCGGGAGCACAUGAAGCGAGUGUUAGGGGAAGUCUACCUGCAUACGUGGAUUACGGAGAACACCAGCAUUCCCACAAGAGGAGUCUGUGACUUCUUAAUGUCUGAUGAAAGCUACGAUGACAGGACAGCCCGGGUGCUGAUUGGGCAUAUCUUAAAGAAAAUGAACAAACAGACUUUCCCAGAACACUGCAGCCUGUGCAAAGAGAUCCUGCCGUUCACCGAUCGCAAACAGGCGGUUUGCUCCAAUGGACACAUUUGGCUCAGGUGUUUUCUAACUUACCAAUCCUGCCAGACUUUGGUGUACAGAAGAUGCCUGCUUCGCGACAGCAUCGCCCGGCAUCCAACCCCAGAAGAUCCUGAGUGGAUCAGGAGGUUAUUACAAGGACCUUGUACUUUCUGUGACUCUCCUGUUUUCUAAGGAACAACGCAAGACAGACCGAAGUUUCUUUAUCUAGUGCACAAAGCACCGCCUGGCCUGGAGACCAGCUGAAGGAAGAGGCCGCCCUGAGCUGGCUCAGUGUUCCGUUCAAGCGUGAGAGGCAGCAAGACUCGCUGUUCAGAAGGCACGGACACUUGGAAAUCGUGCCAAGCCCAGUUACAAAAACCCCAUGGGAACAAGCAAGGUCUGAUUUUGGAGUAGCGUGCCACUGACCUCCGCUUGCCUUUCAGUUGGUGACAGGACACGUUCCUUGCAGCGAGAACAGGAGACUAAACUUGGUGGAUCCAUUGGAGGUCAGCCUAUGGCACUUCCCUUCAUUAACUUCUAGCACACAUCAGCCCCGCUGUACCAGAGACGAUUAAAUUAUUAGAAAUAAUGUGUUGGUUUUCAACAUGCUUUAAAAUGUCUUGCAUGCCAGUUGUAGUCAGUGCAGGAAAAAAAAUGUCAUUUCUGCAGAGGUGAAGGAAACCAUCCUUGGCUUCUUCCAGGAAUCCUCUGGCAGCUGAAUCUCUCUGGGCCAAACGGAGGAAGCUGAGCCUUGAAAAGCUAAUUCUGGUAAGGCAGCAACGUGGCAUGUUAUGCAUAGGACCCUGUCCCAAUAUACCGAAGAUCAGUAUUUUUAAAUCCAGCUUGCCUUGCUCCUGCCAGUGACCCUUUUUUGAAAUCGCCCCACCCCUUACCACACAGUCACUUCAGAUUCCUACUAGAGUCACCGAAUCUCUCUGCCAUUUCAGAAGGGACCCAUCCUGGCACCUCGCUGGGCGUUUCCACCCUCCUUCACUGCCAGCUGCAGAGAAAUCCUGGGUGGUUAUUGGCUGGGACACUGACUACACCCAAGAAUUCCUCUAGGACAAGACUAGUUGCCCCCAGCAGUUGUGGGGGUCGGCUCACUCUGCCUAGCAAAGGGGUACCUGCAGCCUUGUUAAUCAGCCGUGGCAGGAUGCAUUGGCUCUUUCAAAUGAGCUGCCUCGGGCUCAGCUUGAGGGACAGCGGAAAACAACAUGUGGAAUAAACUAGGCGCUGGGGUCUCUCAGGGGCUGCCCAUGGGAACCACUGUGCCUUUUUAACAUCCCUCUCGGCCCCCUCCAAGCUCUCUCCUCCUCCUGACUAUUACUUGAUCCUUUAUUUUUUAAAAUUAAAAAUGUGCUGGCAGGGGAGUGUUGGCGUGCUGUAAAAUGAACAGGUGUCUCCCCUGCAUCUUAAUUCCAUUCCAAAAGGCUGGCUCGGUGUCUCAGAGCUUCACCCCACCUCUGUCCUGAGCACGUUGAACGUCCUUUUAGCCUCACCUGUUUGCCUUGCAGGAAAGAAUGCUUUGUGACCGCCCACCCGUUUUUUGAGUGGGCAAGCCCCACAACAGCCAUUUGGCGAGGAAGCGCACAGGAGGCUCUCGUUGCUGCAGAUGUGGCUAGCGAGCCAGAGAAGGUUGCGGGGGCACUCGCUCUGGUCUAGGCACGUGCGAGAGGUCCUGGCUGUGCCCAUCCAGCUAAGAUCAAGGGCAGUCCGUUUUCUGCUUUUCCAAUCAAACGUGAGGCUGCUCUCCAGUUAAAACACCACCCACAGAGCAAAGGCUAGGAAAAAGCCGAGGCGACAGUGGCUGAGAGCCCCUAAGAUGCCAAGCAGCUAUCCUGGGUAAAACUGGUGAACAUCCUUCCCUGCCCAGUGCCCUCCAGAUGUGCUGGAUUGCAACUCCCAGCAUCCCCUUGCCAGCUACAUUUGUUUACAUGCACAUUCCCGUCUCUCCUGCUGGAAAUUCAUGGCCCUGCUGGAAGAGCGAAUGCUGCUUCCCCGUCAUCGCGUUUCCCCCACGUUGCUCGUUGUGGGAAGUCAUUCGCUGCCUGCUGAGAGGGCCAAACAGUCCGCAUUAGACUGUACUGGGUUAAUUGGAUUAAAACAGUGUAAAAGACUAAUUAAAUAUUGAACAACGCGAUCUCCUCACACAGUAAGUCGAGCAAGGGCGAGGAGCCAAUGGAACUGAACCCUCAUCUAUCAGCACUACUAAAGAAAUCUAAACUGCCACAACAGAUCAAGCAAAAACAGGUCACAAGCAGGACAAGCACUGCACCUGUUCUACUCCAAAACCAGACUCAAGAUCCUUUGUUUAGAAUCCAAACAAAUCUCGGCUCCUCCUUUUUCUGUCCUUGUCUGCCAAAAGGAAGAAAUUGGACAAAAGCGAAAGGAAUGUUUCUUCUGUCAAGGCUGCAUGCAAAAAUUGGUCAGAGCUCAAAUCAUCAGGUACCCUUGUCUCUGCCAUUAUCUUCCCUCUCUUUCUUCCUCCCCUCUCGAUGGCAGGGAAAGGAAGAACUUCUUGCCAGAAGUCUGAACUAAUCACAGAGGCCAUUUGAAAUUAGGCUGAGUGCCACGGGGUGACCACCCUGGGCUAGCACUUAAGGUCACAGACAAACCUUACAUCUGGGCUGGAGGGUAGGAACCCUGGGGAGCAUGAAAGAGAAUUCUGAAUUCAUCCAGCUUUUCAGCUGCCUCGCUGCCUCAGGACCAUCAGCUCAGGACCAUUGAAGCCUUUCAUAUGUCAAGUUAGGCUUGCGAAUGUGGUUGGGUACCUCAUACUGGGAUCAGCAGUCAUCGUUUGCUUUUUAAGUUCAUUGAAGUUGCUGGGCUCAUGGAACUUCAUGUAUUCUUGAGCAAGUUGCCUGUCUCUUGAUUUCUUCAGCUUUAAGAAAUGCCAUCUUGUCAAAAUACUGGUUUGCUGUAUUAAAACAAGGUUGACUCUAAAA